CUCACAAAUUUCCGUGGCAAAUGAAAGUACGCAAGAUUCAGGAAAUGACGAUCUACGCCGCAGAAAGGUUUCGUCCUAUUUUACGGUUAAUGAAACUAACUGGAGAGUUCUAUGGGGAUGUUACAAUGGACGAGAUUUUACAAGAAGAUUUGAGCGUCUUUUCUCGUUUUUACUGUGGGUUGGUACUUCUAGGUCAAUGGUUUAUCGUCGUGCAGGCUGUGACGAGUCUAUUCUUUGAAGGCGUAGCUCAGAUGAACACGUUUUUCUUCUUAUUGACCUUUAGCAUUUGGUAUCUGCAGUCUGCAAUAGUUAACACAAUCUGUCUUUUCAUUUUACCCAAAGGUCAGAAAAAGCCAUCUCGUCUUGGGCAGUUUCUUGGUAACUUACUCGCAACAACAUCUGAUGGAGGGAUAAAUACAUGUAAUAUGUAUAAAGUGUAUUCAUUACUAGCCUUGGCGUGUAACUUUGCACUCUUCAACACUGUUUGCCUUACGCUACUAGAUCUUUACCGAAAUAGCUCGAUAGGCCGUUUUCGACCAUGGAAUGGUUUAUUGGUAUAUCGCUUGAGUCACUUGAUAUUUUGUGCUUUUGAUGCUUUUGCAUGGGCUCUACCAUAUACACUGUUUUAUGUCUCAUGCAAAUUGCUGGUCGGUCUAUUUGAGAAUUUGGAGAAUAAAAUAACAGCAGGUAGCCCUGAUGUUCGCAGGAUUGAAUCAUUACGCAAAGAACAUAGUAAACUUUGCGAAACGGUUGCUCUCGCCGACAAAGUAUUUUCACCUCUCAUGUUGGCAGCCGUUGGUUCGGACGUUCCCUUGAUAUGCAUCAACUUUUACCAGCUGGUAAAACCCCCAGCUUCAAGCAAUGAGGACAUCACAUUUGUUGCCACUGUCUUUUAUUGGUGUAUUACAGUGACUGUAAAAAUAGUCUUUAUUACGAUAUCUGUAGUGCGAGUCAACGAAAAGAUUCACAGCUUCUAUGACAUUCUGCACAAAAUAACUGUGUCAGACUGUAAAGAGCAUCUGGAACUCGUCGGGAUAGUCAUCUCGUGCUUCGCAGUGUUGAUAACUCUGCCAAGUUAAGAUUAUUACCGCAGUGAAGACACGUACCUAUCAGAGCAUCACGCUGUUUGGAGGCUUAGAAGAAAGCGAAGAACACACGGGGGUGGGGAAAGAAGAAGCGAUUUAAUUUUCGUUAAUUUUGGGAGACUACCCUGAUUUAUUUAAUUUAUUAGGAAAUGGUCGCUCAUCAUGGAUAUUCUUUAUAAGCAUAAUUAUUGGAUUCGGUGUUAGUACGGUGGAAAAAUAGAUUAAAUCGUGUUCGGCGAUUUAUGUAAACAACUCGUGAACAAAUAACAUUAGGAAAUACGAUUACCAUAAUAGUAAAAUUGAGCGAAUCAUCUGAUUCUGGUAAUUUUCAACGUCAUGAAAUGCGGUACUCUUCUAUGAGAAUUAUUAUCGAGUGAGACGAAAAAUUGAUUAUAUUCCAAAUAUCUUUCUGUUUAUUUUUGUUUUGCCUUUGUUUUCGUUUUCAUUUUGUUUUUGUUUUUUGUUUUUAUUUUUGUUUUUGUUUUUGUUUUUUUUAAAUUCCUGCGAGGAUUACUGAUUAAAAGUUAACUGCGAAUGCGUUAGGUGAAUUAAGAUCCGUUUUCAAAAACA